CUCAGCAGCCGCCGCCGCCGCUCCGUGCGGCCACGGAACCGAGGGUGUGGGCGAGGAGGGAAUGUGUCACCUGUCUCCGGGGCAAAAUUUGGGCUGUGGAGGCACCGGGUCCCGCCCCUGCCCUCCCUCGGCUGCCGGGAACCCAGCACAGGUGGCACCGCUCCGUCCCAACAUGGCGGCCGCCUCCUCGCGCCUCGGCUGUCAGAGCCGCUGCCGUAGGCCGGGGACGGACGAGGAGAAGAGCUGCUGGCACGGUUCAGAUUUACCUGUGCCUAAGGUGUAGGUAGGGAACGUGGAGCCAAGAGCGAGAACGCAGGCAGCAGGGCAGAGGCUUCACCAUCGCCCCAUCCCACAGUACCCAAGCAAGGCAUGUCCAGGGAUGUCCAGCCAUGAGUUCAGAUGUUUGGACAAGUUCAUGGUGAUGAGGAAUCACUCCAAAUUUGGCAACCUGGUAAUCACAGUGACUUCAGCUGUCCCAUCUGUCUCCAGACACCUACUUGCCCAGUACAAACCAACUGUGGACAUUUAUUCUGUGGUUCCUGUCUGAUCACAUACUGGAAACAUAGUCCCUGGUUAGCAGCGAUAACCUGCCCUCUCUGCAGACAAAAGGUGGUCCUUCUGGAUAACAUCUCUUAUGAAAAGCAACAAGAUCGGCCGAGUAAACAAAUUGUACAUGACAUUAGAGAUUACAACAAGCGUUUCUCAGGGCAACCUCGACCCUUUGCAGAUUACCUUUAUGACAUGCCGUUAUUCCUGACUCUUGCCUUGCGAGGCAUCUUCACCUGGGGUGGUCUCGUCUGGAUUUUUUUCCUAAGAGUGGCUGUUUGCUCCUUUGGAACAAUCAUAUGCUUGUCUUCUCCCUUUGACACAAAGCCUGGGCCUCUCUGCAGGAUGCUUGGAACAGCUGACGACAUGAUGGUCGUUUCCCUUCUUUUAAUUUGCAUGAUAAACAUUUGCCAGCAAAUUGCAUCAAAUGGGGUAAACAUGGCAAGGUCUGCAGCUCAGAGCGUGCUCUCAGAGUCCUGAAUGCCUCAAACCUGGAUUCCUUGGUCGAACUUCAUCAAGUGAUGAUGGGCUUCUCUCUGGUUCGGGGCAGCGUAUGAUGGAUUUGUCGUUCUGCUGCUGACAAAGGCUGAGGCAGGACCCAGCAAUAGCAGGUGACUGGGUGCACAAGCACUUGGGCAGCCAGUUUUACACACCACUGUGUAUUUGCUGGACUCUUUCACACCCCACUUUUUUGUAACUUACCUUCAUACAAAGUGCCUGAAUUGAAAAUGCCUAAAGCCAUGAACAGAGCCUAAAAUUACAGUGCCAAACAACGUGCGGUUGAAGAAUUUUAGAACUCUUGAGCUUUAGCGUUUCACAUCUUGCCUCAAUUUCAAUAAAAUUUUAAUUCGAGAACUUAGCAAACUGUACAGUUUGCUAAGUCUUGUGUAACACAAGGAAUGUUAGAGAGUAUCACUACAAAAUCUGGUAUCAGAGCUUUGUGUUAUCAGAGCUAAUGUCACAUCCACCAGAACACAGAUUUCCACAGCUCUGCAAUGAGCAUAGUCCUGAUUUUGAAAUGGAUGAGACUGGUAGUAACACUGGCUUGGAAAAAAAUGCAGCUAUAAAGUAGAAGUUGAAGAAGAACUAUAGAAGAGCUAUAAAGUAGAAGUUCUCCCCUUUCUUCACAAGGGGAGAAAAGCAUUGAAAGCCUGUGCAAGGUCCACAGGUUCCCUGAAUUCAGCGCAUCUAAGCUUCAAAAAAAGUCAGCACCACCAUUUGGUUUCUUUCCAGACUUCAUACACUCCUUGUGAUUUCCUUGUGAAUCUUGGUACCAGUUCAGCCAGAGAGAUCGAGGCCAAUUUUAUGAUGAUGAUAUAAAUAGCAGAAGUUUAUGGAAAGUUUGCUGAAGUUGGGGGAGAGGGCGUGUCCACAUCUGCGUUGAGCUGCAAAGAGUUAAAAAUGCUGGUGCAGAACAAGACAACCCUACACGUCUGUCCCUGUAUAAUCUGUACAUUUGCUAUGUAUUGCAGUCAGCGGGACUUCACUUUUACAUAUGAAUUGUAUAUAUUAAAAUAGAUAUAUUAACAUUUAUGAAUAUUUAUUGUUCACAAUACACUGGUCUCCAACUGCUUUUUCCUUCUACAUAUUUUCAGUUGACAUAUUUUAUUGUGCCCUUGAAUUGUAAGCUAUGAUAUACCAUCAUGUUGCCGUUGUUUUCUUGCUUGUUAUAAUCUUUUUGUUAUGAUGUUUCUUCAUUUUAUUCCCAUCAACUUUCAUUGUCUUUAAUUAUGUCCCUGAACUUGUAAAGCUGUUUCUCUUAACAAUGGGUACUUUGGAAAUGGCAACAAUUGCUUUUCCAUGAACUGCAAGGCAGGAAGUGCAUUGUUUCUUUAAAAAAAUUACCAGAUGUUUUUGAGUGCUGACUACCAACAUAAAAAAAAAAAACCAGAAACGAUUAUUUUCCAAGUUCUCUAAGUGUAAUUUUGUUAUUGUGUAACUUCUGUUUGCAUUUAACUGGGAAUUACAGCCUAUGCCAACACUCAAGAAUGGAAUUUCUAUCAAGCUAAGUGUAUAAAGAUGGAGCCAUGGAUGGGAAUCCUGACUCUGUGGAGGGGGCUGUAGGUUGUUUCUCUUGGAUAAUACAGACUCACCGAGGGGGUGCCCGUUUGGAGAAGGGCUCUCAUGAGUGACCUACAACGGAGUUAAGAGUUGAUUGCAAUAUGCUCUUCUGAUCUGCCACCCUUCGCUCCUUAAUCCUCUCCUUCAGCAAAAUCCUGGUUUUGCUUUAUAAACAGAAUAGUACCUUUUUCUAAGAAAUAACAGACAAAAAGCAGAGAAAGAAACAACUUCUGAGAGAAUUUCACUGAAGGCACUGGCAGUGUCUGGAUCUUGCAAGAUCAAAACACUCUGUACUAUCAGAGGUGAAACAUAUUUGCUGGACACAACCAGAGCGGCCAAACUUUCUCCUUCCACAGCCCAGUUAUGCUACAACCUGUUGUUGUGAGUCCUUGUAGGACUAAGUGUCCAGGGCAGCCUUCAAAAACCACCUGGGAACAAACAAAAGCCUUUUGUUGAUGGGAUCUGGCCAGCAGGCAGCCAGGAAGGUUUCCGAGCCUUGAAAAAGCAAGUCUAAGGCAGGAAAGCCCUCUCUCCCUCGGCGUUCCCCGUGCCUGGGGUGGCCGAGCCCAGCUCUGCUGGUGGGAUGGAUGGGAUGCACCUGCAUCAGGAAGGGAUUGUCAGCAACUGUGUCUGCUCUGCUCAGCCCAGCCUUUCCAUGUCAGCGGCUGUUUCACAUCUGCACAGAGAUUAACGAGCACCGAGGGCCAGUUACUCGCAAAAGACAAAAUGGCACAAAUUAUUGAUAGCAAAAUGACUGCGCUGCGAGAAUGAAGAGAGGAAUAAGAGAGCAGGAAAGAGAAGAAAACAGAGAGAAAAAGACUGCAAAGCUGCAAAAGUGAUUCUCAAAUAUCCGCCACCACAAAAAUAUAUAAUCAGAGUUAAAAAAACCCAAGCAGAACUUUCCAAUGGAAAUCGUGUUUAAGUCUUAGCUGUAGCAGAUACUAAAAUUGAAAGGACCACGUGUGAUGCCAGGUGUAGUUACCUGUGAAAAGGGUGGCAAAGGGCAGCACUUCAAGUCCACCCGAGCAAGGUACGUUGUUCCUUGCGC